AUGAAGGCUAUUAAUGUCAUUUCGCUGCUUACACCUGAGAUGCUGGAGAAGAUUGAGGCUGAUUUUCAGAACAGACCGAAGCGUCCAGAUUCAUAUAGCAAAAGUCACAAUGCAAGUCUGCAAAAGCCAAAAAGAGAUGUAAUAUUUGACAAUACCCUGCGUUCUGCGCACUUCAGAAACUGGCCAAUUGAGACUAUACACCGCCUUCAAGUGCAAGGACUCAUUUCGACCACGACAAUCUGGAACCCGAGAAAAGGCCGUCUUGAAUCGCUAUUGCCUCUGCAUUCUUCUCCUUCCCAAAUUGCACUACCGUCCUCUUUGAAUGCACAAGCAACCCAAAUUGGCCUCCCUCACCACCACAUCUAUGUUCAGUGGGUAGUCUGGCCGGGUUUGGCAUACCAUUCCCAUACUUUUCGGAGAUUUGAGGAAGCAGGAUGGUAA